GAGAAUCGGACUGUUGUGCUCCAUUCAGCCAGUGAUUCAACAUCCUGCUUUACCCACAUCAUUGUAUUUGCAAGAUACUAUUGUGGAUCUUCCUCAGACUGAAAAGCUGGAGAUGUCACAUCGAGAGAAUCUGUCAGUUGUGAUCCACGCAGCUGGAGAUUUAAGACUGGAGAAUCGACCAGUUACAGAACCCCGAUCUAAUGAGGUUCUGCUAAAGAUUAAUUCUGUUGGAAUCUGUGGUACGGACAUCCAUUUCUGGGAACGUGGAGGAACUGCAGGCUUUGACAUCAACAAGCCAUUGACUCUAGGUCACGAAUUCUCAGGCACUGUUGUCGAAGUCGGCUCUGGAGUUGAACAUCUCAAAGCAGGUGACAGAGUUGCCGUUGAACCUGGUUUUCCCAAAAAGAAUGAUGAGUUUGUUAAAUCUGGACGCUACAACUUGACAUUAACAGACUACACCGCUGGACUUCCUCCAAAUAAUGGAGCUAUGUGCCAGUACUUGGCCCACAAUGCCAACUACUGCUUCAAGAUUCCUGACUCGUUGAGUUUUGAAGAGGGUGCUAUGAUCGAGCCACUUUCUGUUGCGAUUCAUGCCUGUCACAGAGGAAAAGUAACAAUUGGCAAGAUGAUUUUCAUCUGUGGAGCUGGAACAAUUGGACUUAUGUGCAUGUUGGUCGCCAAGACAAUGGGGGUAGCUCAAGUGGUGAUUUGUGAUUUAAACAGUAGUCGGUUGGAAGUGGCAAAGAAACUAGGGGCCGAUUUUACGAUUAAAGUAGACGGAGAGACACCUCAAAUCUUGGCCAAGAAAGUAAGGGCUGCUCUUGGCGCCAUGCCGGAUGUAAGCCUCGAAUGCAGUGGGGCAGAGUUAUGCGUGCAGGCUAGCAUCUAUGCUACACGUUCAGGAGGGACUGUGGUUCUGGUUGGUACUGAGGAAGACCAUGUGAACAUUCCAAUAAUCCAGGCAAUUAUUCGGGAGGUGGAUAUUCGAGGAGUUUUUAAGUAUUGUAACACGUGGCCGAUUGCGAUUAACAUGUUGGUAUUAAAUAGAAUUGAUGUGAAACCUCUGGUCACACAUCGCUUUCCUCUGAAUGAGGUUCACAAGGCAUUUGCAACAACAAAGGCGGGCAAGGGAGUCAAAGUGAUUCUGAAGUGUGAUCCAAGUGACCCGGAUGAAUAAGAGGUGCAGCCUGACUUGUUUCUAUCGACAAUUGUGCCUUUUCUGGAUUGCCAGCUGGGAUCUUCAAAUUGAAUUCAGUUACACUUUCCACAUGCUACAAUAGUGUGUAAGAUUAAAAAUGAUAUUCCCGAUUCUGCAGGGAGCGCUCAUGGAGUGAGGUCGUCUCUUUGGCUUCGCUCCAUUCCCGUUAUCCUUUUUUUUAACCUAUGAUCUCCUUGAUCUAAUCAACUUUAAGUACACCAGAAGAUUUACUUUAUCUUCUCGAUUUACUGAUUAAUUGAUUUCCUUUUGUCAACUGUAACUCUCGAGCUUAGAGAAAUGAGUACGAGAUCUAGAACUAAAGAUGGGAAAGACGCUGAUGGGAACGGAGGAAAGAAGAAAGGCGAUUCCAAACAAAUGGAAUUAACUUACUAAGUUAUGGAGGAAAUGUUUGAGCAGCAUCGGAUAAAACUAUCUGAAAGUUUAACUGCUCAAUUUGAACAACAUCGUCAAAGCCUCAAUGAAGAUUUAAAAUCAAUCACGGACUCUUUGAAAUCCCUGGAUCCUGAUGUUCAAAAACAUGAUGCAAAAAUUUCUGAACUGGAUACUAAAUCUCAGAAGACGGAUACAAAAAUUGAGUUCUUAGAGAAGAAUCUAGCUUCGACUACUAAACAACUCCAACAACUUAAAUCCGAAGUUAUUGAUCUUGAGAAUCGAUCGAGAAGACAAAACUUACGUUUAAUUGGCUUACCUGAGGAUGUUGCGGUUGGAGACCCUGCAAUAUUCUUUGCUCAACUUUUAAAGGAUUCGUUCGGUUCAGUUUUUCCCAACGAUCCUCCAUUACUCGACCGCGCCCAUCGUAUACCGUGGAUAAAGUCGGCAGCGGCUGUUUCCAAACCCAGACCAGUUAUUCUUGGUUUCCAUUAUGUCAAUGUUAAAGAACAACUUCUCCAGACUGCUCGUCGACAAGGGAUGAUCAAGUAUUGCCAGCAUUCCUUCAGGAUAGUUCAAGAUUACAGUCCUGAAGUGAUAAAGGAACGACUGACUUUUAAACCUCUAAUGUCGGAAUGCUAUCAAAAAAAUCUCAAACCGGCACUAUUGUAUCCUGCACGUCUCAGAAUCUCUCUUCCCGAUGGAAAUCGUCGUGUCUUCCAUCCUACAACUGCCGCUCGAAGCUUUUUGGAUGAUAAUUUCCCAUCUGAUA